AUGUCCUACGAUCGUGCCAUUACCGUAUUCAGUCCAGACGGCCACUUGCUGCAAGUGGAGUACUCCAUGGAGGCCGUCCGUCGUGGAAGCACUGUUGUAGGCGUCCAAGGCAAAGACUGCGUUGUCCUUGCCGUCGAGAAAAAGGCCAUUGCCAAGUUGCAAGAUGCCCGCACCAUCCGCAAGAUUGUGUCUGUGGAUGAACGUACCGUGCUUGCCUUUGCUGGUUUGACGGCCGAUGCUCGUGUCUUGAUCAACAAGGUCCGCGUCGAAGCCCAAUCCUACCGUCUCACCAUGGAAGACGAUCCCUCCGUCGACUACAUUGGACGCUAUCUAGCCCGGGUCCAGCAGCAGUACACCCAGCAGGGUGGAGUCCGUCCCUUUGGUGUCGCCAGUCUGUUGGCUGGAGUGGCCGGGGACCAAUCCGAUCCGGACAAGCCACUCCUUUACCAAACAGAUCCGGCCGGAACCCAUUCUCGUUGGAAGGCACAGGUCGUCGGUGGACGCAAUGCCAAGUCACUCCGGGAGUUUCUGGAGAAACAGUAUCACGAAGACCUGACCGAGGAGGCAUGCGUUCGAUUGGCCAUUCAAGCUCUGCUCGAAGUUGUCGAUAGUGGUGCCAAGACUAUGGAAAUCUGUGUCAUUCAACGGGGUGGAAAGAAAGUCAACAUCUCCGAGGCUCAAGUGGAUGCUGUCGUCAAGGAAAUUGAAGCCGAACAACAGGAAGAAAAGGGACGUGGAACUGGUGCCGCCGCGACUAGCUAG